AUGGGAAACGCUGGAUCUGUCCUCAACGCCGACGUCCACACACACGCUCAGCGGGACCUCAUUGAGAAACGCGCGACUGCAAUUUACGUUUCUCCCACCGGAAGCGAUUCGGCUGCGGGCACGCUUGCGGCUCCGCUAAAGUCUAUCCAGAAGGCGAUCGAUAAAUACCAUCUACCUUCGUGGGGAACCUACGCUUUGACCACUAACCUUCAAAUCACCAAGUCUGGAACGGCGAAUGCCAAGUACACCCUCACGAACUACCAGUCUGAAAAGGUUAUCAUUGAUGGCGAAGGGCUUCCCUACACUCCCGCACCGGUUGGGGGUAGCAUCCCCGAUAAGUCCCGCGGCAUUCUCCAUAUCACAGGCUCGUAUGGAGGUUCAUCGGAUUCGAGUAAGUUGGUCAAUGGACCAUAUGGUGUUUACUCGCGUGACGCAUCUAACAACCACUAUGAGCGACUUGUUGCCCAUGACAACUAUGAGACUGGGAUUCAAAUUCAAGGAGCGGCCAGCAACAACCUCGUACUCAACGUCGACAGCUAUGGCAACCGCGAUCCUCGCAAAAAUGGUGAAAGUGCGGACGGCAUUGGUAUCAAAGAGGGGUCCGGUACGGGUAAUGUUAUCAGGGGAUCUCGUUUCUGGAACAACGUGGACGACGGCCUCGACUUUUGGGAGUUCCUGUCCCCAGUGACCAUCGAAAACUGUUACUCUUGGGGUAACGGCUUCAACCGUUGGGGCUUCUCCAACUUUGCCGGUGAUGGUAAUGGAUACAAGCUCGGCGGUGGAGCCAAGGACACUCCAGUCGCCCAUGUAGUGAAGAACAGUAUGGCAUUCAACAAUGCUGCCGGAGGGUUCGUCGAUAAUACACAGCCCGGAAAGAUGGUAGUUAGCCGCAACACUGCCUGGAACAACAUCGCUGGCGCAGGCUUUGACUUUGCUGAUUCCACUCCUACUAUUAGCGGGAAUAUUGCUGUUCUCAACAAGGUUAACUCACAACUCAAGGGAGGCUCCGCAAGUGGCAACUCAUGGCAGUCAGGCAGCUGGAGUAACUCUUCGUUUAUUAGUCUCGAUUCGUCAACCCUCACGGGUCCACGUGCAGCCGAUGGUUUGGUCCGCGCUUCCAAUUUCUUGCUCCCCAAAUCAGCUGCCGCGAUUGGUGCCAGCUAUGUCUAG